AUGAUAAUAAUUCUUUAUAUUGAAGACACUAAUUAUUCUCUCAAAGAACCUAUACAAUAUGAGACUAAUAAUGGUCGUCGACUUGGUAAUAAUCUUUAUCUUAAUUUAGAGCAAGCUUCUCUCACUGAUGGUUAUGUUAGUAGCGUCAGUUUUCGUCUUUUUACUAAUUGGGAAGGUACUGCAUCACUCUACUUAUUUGUCCUAUCGAGAUAUCUUACUCUGUAUGAAAUAUUACAUCGCUAUGCCAUCAAGCCUCAAAGAAAUACUACACAAUGGCAAACUUUGAAAAUUCCUUCGCGUACAUUACCUAUAGAUGUUGGCAACGCUUUAGCUGUUGGCAUGCAAGAUAGUAGUGAUACAAACCAAAUUUAUAUUGUUAAAUCUGGUUUCACAGUCUGGGGAUCACAUAUAACAGAAAAUUUAACAAAGCCUUUCGUACAAGGUAUUUCCGACUUUGGUAUUGCUGUCAGUUACUCUGUUGUUCAAUACAGUAAAAGUGUCGUUUGA